GCCGACCCCGACCCCCACCGGUUGUUUAUUUUCUAUCCACCUCCACUGCCCAACCUUUCCCUCUGCUAUAACUCCGGACCCCAGGCCCCUAGACUGACGUCUCCGGCCUCCCCAGGCCUGCCAGUCGCACUCGGGAUGUCGGAAUGCGAAGGAGGGAUAUGACCAGGCUGGGGAUAAGGGUGGGCCAGGAGAGGGCCGGGCCGGGAUGGGAGGCCAAGGGAGGUCCGGGCCGGGCCGGCGGCCGGCUGGGGAGGGCCGGCAGGGUGACUUAAACCUCCAUCCAGGGCAGGUGCUGGCCCUGGUGCUGGUGGCCGCUCUGUGGGGUGGCACUCAGCCGCUGCUGAAGCGGGCCUCUGCCGGCCUGCAGCAGGUUCAUGAGCGGUCCUGGGCCCAGCAAUUGCUGCAGGAGAUGAAGACCCUCUUCCUGAAUACUGAGUACCUGGUGCCCUUUCUUGUCAACCAGUGUGGCUCCCUUCUCUACUACUUCACGUUGGCAUCAACAGAUCUGACCCUAGCAGUACCCAUCUGUAACUCUCUGGCCAUCGUGUUCACGCUGAUUGUUGGGAAGAUCCUUGGAGAAGAUAUUGGUGGAAAACGGGCAGUCGCAGGCAUGGUGCUCACCGUGACAGGAAUUACACUCUGCAUCACAAGCUCAGUGAGCAAGACCCAGGGGCAGCAGACUACCCUUUGAGUGGCAAGAGCCCACUCGGCAGCUCUGCUGACUCCAGGAAGACCCUGGGCCAUGAAGUGCAGGACAGUGAGCAGAUGGACCUAGCAGCUUCCCUCUGUGAGCCUCAGCUUCCUCAUCACGUAUGGGGAUAACACCUACCUCAUGGGUUACAAUAAGAGAACAUGAAUGAAAGGGUUUUGUAACCUUCAAGUGCUGUUCAGCUGCUAAUAUUUAGCACAAGAGACUUCACACUCACCCUCAGCAACCUUUCUGGCCCAGCCAUCACCUUGGCCCUAGCCCAGCCACCAUUACUGUGGCCUGAUCUGGGCCAUCUUGGCAGUGGCCGUGAACCUCAGGACUCCAGCUGUGGACUUUGAGCUAGAAAUGCAAACAGGAGGCCUCCAAGGUUCAGAGUGCCUUGGCUGACUGAAGGGGUGGAGUUGAGGGGAAGAAGGUCCAUCAGAAGCAGCAGGUGUAGGUGAGAUGAGCUGUCUGUUGACCUUGCUUGUCCCACCCAUGAGGUGGGCGAGAAUCCUCAAAUGCCCAGCCCUUCUCAAACAGGUAGACAACUGUGGGCCCCGGCACUGUCCAGCUGCAGCACACAGCACAAAGCAAACACCUAGCAAGUGAUAGCUUUCAAUAAAUCUGUGGUAAACAGACAA